AUGACGGACAGCCCUGUGGAGACCGGUCCCAGCAGCCUCCGUCCCCUGGCCGUAACGGACCUCUCAGGCUUACUGUGUAACCAGUCAGCCUCUCUGGAGGACCAGGAUGUCCAGGGACCCCCGGUGCUGGUGGAUGCCUGGCUGGUGCCCACCAUGUUCAGCCUCAUCAUGCUGGUCGGCCUGGUGGGGAACUCUCUGGUCAUCCACGUUAUCACCAGGCACCAGCAGAUGAGGACCGUCACCAACUUCUAUAUAGUGAACCUGGCCACCACAGACAUAAUGUUCCUGGUGUGUUGUGUUCCCUUCACCGCUACCCUGUACCCUCUGCCGAGCUGGGUGUUCGGAGAUCUCAUGUGUCGUCUGGUCAGCUACCUACAACAGGUGACAGCCCAGGCGACCUGUAUCACUCUGUCUGCUAUGAGUGUUGACCGUUGCUAUGUGACCGUCUACCCUCUACAGUCCCUACGCCACCGCACCCCUCGCAUGGCCGUGACGGUCUCUGUUUCCAUCUGGAUAGGUUCUCUCCUGCUGUCAGUGCCUAUAGCUCUGUAUCAGCGUUUAGAGGAAGGCUGUUGGUUCGGUCCCCAGACCUACUGCAGCGAAGUGUUUCCUUCAGCCCGCCUCCAGAGAGCGUUUAUCCUUUACAGCUUCCUGGCUGUCUACCUGUUACCUCUCGUCACCAUCUGCUUCUGUUACGCCUUCAUGAUCAAACGCAUGGGACAGCCCUCGGUACAGCCCACCGACAGCAACUACCAGGUAAUAGCCCAAGCAGAACGUGGUGCAACAGUAAGGGCUCGUGUCUCUAGGAUGGUGGUGGUGAUGGUGGCUCUGUUCACUGUGUGCUGGGGGCCCAUCCAGAUCUGCAUCCUGCUCCAGGCCUUCGGACCACACCUGCGCUCCUACGCACUCUACAAGGUGAAGAUCUGGGCCCACUGCAUGUCCUACUCCAACUCUUCUGUCAACCCUCUGGUCUACGCUUUCAUGGGCAACAACUUCAGAAAGGCCUUUAAAAAUGCCUUCCCCUCUGUCUUCAGCCCGCAGGGCCAAGGGAGAGGGGGGGGCAGGGGGAGGGUGGGGGAGGCAGGGAGGGAAGGGGGGGGGACAGAGUGCCAGGCCCCCAACGUGGACACAGAGAUGCACUUUCUUUCAUCUGGGACCUGAAGGCCAAACAUCUCAUUAUUUAUUUACAGUUGCGUGUGUCUGUUAGCUAAUGCCUGUCGUGAUCUCUGAGACUCAGGUCCCAAUGGGUCAUGUGAUUUCUGUACCUCAUGUUACAUGUCCCAAUGGGUCAUGUGAUUUCUGUAACUCAUGUAAUAGGUCCCAAUGGGUCAUGUGAUUUCUGUAACUCAUGUAAUAGGUCCCAAUGUGUCAUGUGAUUUCUGUACCUCAUGUUACAUGUCCCGAUGGGUCAUGUGAUUUCUGUAACUCAUGUAAUAGGUCCCAAUGUGUCAUGUGAUUUCUGUAACUCAUGUAAUAGGUCCCAAUGUGUCAUGUGAUUUCUGUAAUAUGUCAUUCUAUGUCUUUUUUUUACUGUCUGAUAUUCCUAUUAAUUAUGUUAAUAUGUAUUCCUAUUCAUUAUGUUAAUAUGUAUUCCUAUUA